AUGUCCUCGCUGACUCGGACGGGCGGGCUGCAGUCGACUGUCGCGCAGAGCCGCGACCCGUCGACGAUGACUGCACUCGGAUCCACACUCACGAUGUUAUACGCGCUCGGACAGUCCAGCCUCGCGCGCUAUAACCGCGCCAACCCGCGCGCGUCCACACGCGGUUACGCGCGGCCCUUGAAGCUACCCAGGUUCCGCGCGACCGCGGCGAGGGCUGCCGCGGCGGAUACCCAGACGCGAAUCGGGUUCAUCGGCGCCGGGUCCAUGGCGGAGGCGAUGGCACGGGGGUUCGUACAAGGCGGCGUCGCGACCGCAUCGGACAUCUCCGUGUCGCCGUCCACCGACCCGUCUCGCAACGCGUCCUGGAGCGAGGACGUGGGGGCGAACGUCUUGGGUUCCAACGUGGAGGUGAUGGAGUCGUCGGACGUCGUGUUCCUGACCGUCAAGCCCCACGUUCUGCCCGCCGUGCUGGACGAGAUCGCCGAUGUGGUGGACCCGAGCCGUCACCUGCUCGUCUCGGUGGCCGCGGGGGUCCCCGUCGAGUUCAUCGAAAAGACGCUCCGCAAGGCGACGGAGAAGAAGAACAAGAAAAACACGAAGGAGAUGAGAGUGACGGUUGUCGACCACGGCGACGCGAUGGACGGCAUGGAUGAAGAUUCGGACUCCGACGACGAGGACGAGAUGGACGAUGAAACGAAGAUGAAGAUGAAGGAGGAGAAGAAGAAGCGCAAACAGCUGAAGAAGCUGAAGAGUCUCCUGGAGGAUGGCGUCAUCACGCGAGACGAGUUUGAAGCCAAAUCCGCAGCCGUCGGACCGCCUGACCCGACCAUCAUGCCGGUGGAAACGGAGGAGGAGCGCAAGCUUCGCAAGGAGCAGAAAAAGGCGAUGAAGAUGCAGGAGAAGGAGGAGAAAAAGGCGAUGAAGAUGCGGGAGAAGGAAGAGAAGAAACUCGCAAAGGAGGCGGAGAAGGAUGAGAAACGGAGGUCUCGCCCGAGAGUCGUGCGCGUCAUGCCCAACACGCCUUGCAUGGUCGGCGCCGCGGCGUCGGUCGCAUGCGUGGGUGACGAUCCCGCGGAUCCCAUGCUCGCAGCCGCAGACCUCGACGGUGUCGUUCGACUCAUGCGCGGUUGUGGCGAGUGCGUCGUGGUCCCGGAGAGGCUCAUGGACGCCGUCACCGGAGUGUCGGGCUCGGGACCCGCGUACGUCUUCCAGUUCAUCGAGGCGCUCGCCGACGGCGGCGUCGCCGCGGGUCUGCCGAGAGCCGACGCUAACCUUCUCGCCGCUCAAACGGUCAUGGGAGCGUCUAAGAUGGUGUUGGAGACGGGAUCGCACCCCGGUGAGCUCAAGGACAAGGUUUGCUCGCCGGGAGGCACGACUAUUCGAGGGGUGCACGAGCUCGAGAAGGGAGGCAUGCGCGCCACGGUCAUGAGCGCGGUCGUGGCGGCGGCGGCGCGGUCCGUAGAGCUGGGCAAGUCGAGUAAGGAAAAGGAGAAGAAGAAAUAGCAUCGUUUCCGGUAUUAAUAAGAUGUCGUCGCUUGCUCGGUCGAUCGAUGGGGAUGAUGCCUAGAGCUCAUCCUUGGGAGCCUCCUGAGCCUCGGCCUCGGGCUCGGUCUCGACGUCGGGCUCCUCCACCUCGGCGUCAGCCUCGACGCCGAGGUCGCGGCGGACCAUGUCGAAGAGCCUGCCGGCGAAGCCCUUGGGCUCCUCGAACAUGAAGCCGCUCUCCAGCAACGCCGUCUCGUACAUGAUGAGCGCCGUCCUCUUAGUGUCCUCGUCGCCGGCGUCGUCUUCGGACUUUUCCUUGAGCGCCUUGAUGAUGGGAUGGCCGGGGUUAAUCUCGAGCGUCUUGCGACCGCGCAUGUACGCCAUGCGCCCGUCGUCGCUGAGCGCCUGCGCCUUCAUGAUGCGCUCCAUGUUGGCGGACCAGCCGUAUUUGCUGGUGACGACAGAGCACGGAGUGGUGACGAGGCGGUUGGAGAUCUUCACAGCCUCCACCUCCUCGGAGGGGAGGAUCUCCUUCCACCACUUGGUGAAGUCCUUGAAUUCCUCCUUGACCUUCUUCAGGCGAGCCUUGGCGGCUUCCGUGUCGUCGCCAAACUUGAGAUCAUCCUUGGACGCGUUGGAGAACUUGAAGUCGUCAAACUCGGUCAGGUUCUGCAUGGUGUACUCGUCGAUGGGAUCGGUGAAGUAGAUCACCUCGAGAUCCUUCUGCAGGAGCUUCUCGAGGAAAGGAGACUUCUCGAGCGCCUCGCGCGACUCGCCCGCGAGGUAGUAGAUGGACUUCUGGCCGGGCUUCAUGCGCUCCACGUACUGCUCGA